AAAGGCUUCCCCUCACUGGACAAGAAAAGGAGCGGUGGCUGGAGGACCGUGCUGGGAUUUCUGUGCCUCUUCCCCGUGGUGGCUCUGCUGGCGCUUGUGGAACAUCCAGCUGGAGCUGCACUUCAGGAAAGUCAGGUAGGAGAAGGGAUCUGAUCCUCAAAUGCCUGACAGGGGUGUGGGGUAUCAGAUACAUGGACAUUCUGUUUAGAAGGUGGGUGCACUCAGGAAGAAAUCUGAAUAAAGGAAUAUCUCAUCUAAAUAGGGAAAUACCUCUUAGGGCUACAAGGAGUGUUUAGGGCUGUUGGGGUCCCUUUGGGCAAAGGCUCCCUGAAGGUAACGGUGCAUCCCAGUGACUCAGGUGUCAGAGGUGCAGUCUGGGGCAGCCAGACGUGGAUGCACAGAAGAUUUGGGUGGUUUUCUCCCAGAGUUUCAGCUGUUCCUGUGAACCCUCUGCUCUCCCAGCCUGGGAUGAUGUGGCAUUGCAUGCCCUGGGAUUUCUGGAGCAGCUGAGCUUUCCUAGGAACUCAGGGCUUGUGUAGGACCUGAACUGGGUCCUGCAGAACUCUUGGCUGAUCUCAGCUCUCUUUCAAGGUCCAUCCAUUAUCAAGAUGUUUUGGGACAGUCUGAAUCCAGAGGGAACUCUGGCAAGGCUCUGGGACUCUCAGGAGCUGAUCUUUAUUUUUGCUUUCAGCUUACAUUUAGCUUUUAAGUUUAUAUUAAAAAAAAAAAAAAAGAAACUUUAAGUGCAUCUUCUUCUGUUUUUUUGUGUUUAUGAAGCUCUUGGCACUGGUCCCCCUUGUUUGCAUCACAUGCUCAGGCUGUUAUUAAUUGGUCCUGGUUCAGAGUUAUGUUGCUGUGGGGUUUGAGGGGGGAACUGCCUGGCCAGGAGGGAGAAGGGAAUUAAUUACAGUUGUUACAGCUCAGUGAAAUAACUUACUGGAGGUCUGACUGCAAGGGGGAAUAAUGCAGAGCAGUUGGCCAGGUCUGCCUUUAUAUUUUUAUAUAUGUAUGUAUAUAUAUAUAUAUAUAUGUUGUUGGUUGUUGAGAGGGAGAACUGAACACCUGCCCUUCCAGCACCUCCCAGGCAUUUGGAGUUUUUGAGACCUUACCCCACAGCUGACUGAGUUUCUUCCUGGGAGGGUCUGACCUCUUCAGUUCUGUGCAUUCCCAAAGUCUUGGAUCUCUGGUGUCCAGGCAGACUCUUUGAUCCAAGUUAUAUUGUGGAUUUUUCACAGGGUCACUCCAUUUCUGUCAGAGCCCCACAGCUGAGCUGCACUUUGGGUGGUUCCCCACCCUUCCCCAGUUCAUUCUGCAAAGUUUUUCUUAAUUAAAAGCAUCUUUUUGCACCAGUGGUGGGCAGAACCCAGCCCAAAGUAGAACAGAGACUGGGCAGAAGGUUUGAGCAAGAGAACUCGACCUCUGCACCUCUCAUGGUCCAGGGGGUCACAUUCACAUCUCAGGGGCUGAUGCUGGGCCUGGGUCACCCUCCCUUUGGUUUGGAUUUUGAGGAGAAGUUCAUUAAUGACACAUUAUUUUAAUUGUUUCCCUCUGCCUGUUCAGCACUAAUGAAUGGCCUGAGGGUUUUAAGCUGUAGAAAAGACAAUCAUUUCUCUCCCUUGGGGCUGCAGGAGGAAGCAAAUUCAGUGCUCUGGCUUUGCUCAGGAGCAGCCAGCACAGGGACAGAGAGCUGCUCACCCCAGUGUGAGGGAACAAAUCUCCUGAGCCACUCAGAACUCCCAGUAAUCCUGGGCUCCUCCUGACUGAUGCCAGAUUACACUAAUAAUGUAAUCAGCCCCACCACUGGCACGGGAUUGCAGAGAAAACAACAAAGACAGAAAGGAUUUGCAUAAUUCUCCACUGCUUGAAAGAACUGCAAAAAAAAAAAUAAUAUAAAAAGGGGAAGAUAACUUAUUAUCCCAUAAUUAUGAGCUAAUCUUCUCCAGGCUUCUCUUGCAGCUCCAACAGAUCCUCCACCUUGUCUGUGCUGCUCGAAAGGAUGCGAAAUUCUCCUUUCCUCUGGAGGGAAAGUGGCAUUCUCAGAGCAGAAUCAGAGGGAAAAGCCACGGGAGGUGAAGGGAGAGGGGCAGCAGCCCCUGUGCCCUCAAGUUCCUCGUGGGCAGAGACCGAGCUGGGCUGGGAUGCUGAGUCAGAGCCAGGGCUGAGCUGCAGGAAAGGCUGAAAUCUGUCCUUCUAGGAAAGAAAGAGGCUGAGAUUAGAUCAGGGUGGAGGCAAGAGUGGCUGUGAGAGUGAGGAAAGAGGCUGCUUUCCUGGUGGCAUGGAGUCCCCGUGCCUGCUGAGUGCUCCUGCUCCGGGCACAUCUGGCAGCUGUCGCUUCAGGCUCCUCGUCCUGCCCUGCCACUGCCUCGCUGUGACACCAGGGACGUGCUGGUUUGGCUCUCAGAGCCUCAGUCCUUCCAUGAGGGAAAUGAAGACGGCUCUUGUUGCCUGUGGAAUGUGCUGUGAGGCUGAACAGACUCGAGCUGGUGCAGCUCUUGUAGCGUUGCCACUUGGGAAGUGUCCUGGUGCCUCUGGAGCGAAGAUGGCUCACAGACAUUCACUGUCCUGGGCCUGAAACGGGGAGACAGAGCAGGAAACCAUCCAGAAAACAGUGUUGGGUCCCAUUCUUUUACCUCCACUGCUCAGGAUGAAAAGGCUUUUUCUAAUUGGAGUCAGACGUGUCACUUAAUUUGAUGUCUUUUACUGUUGGAUGGUUUAAAUCCUCUCCAGGGUUUCCAGGGCUGCUGUUUACUUUGAAGGCAUUUCAGAUCCACAGCACAGCUCUGUAAAGAGCUCCCUGCACAAAGAGCUGCCUGUUUUAGUCAUUUUUCCAGCUUUACAUUUUCUUCUGUGGCCAGGCUGGAGAGCAACGGGAGAGCGAAAAGGAAAUGAAAACUUUCCAGGCAGAGCUGCAGCCCUUGCCGUGGCCAGAAGCCUCCUGAAGCUUCGUUUCUGCUCCAUCUGUGCCACACUCCAAGAGGAGGGUGGGAUGGUGCAGGCAGACAGGACCAUCUUGUCCCCUGGACACCCCUAAGGAGCUCCAGUUGUGCUCCCAGCCUGCAGAUGUCCCGCCCUGCUGGUUUUUAUUGCACCUUGAUCAGUCCUGGGGUGUCUCCCGUCCCUCCCAACCUGCUGCUUUGUCUUUAAGGAAGAUGCCACAUCCCCUGGCCUGCAUGGAGAGGGUUCCCCAGCUUGGCAAAGCCCGGCCCUCCCUCGGCCCCCAGCGCGGAGGAAACGCUACACCAUCACCCCGGGCCACCUGCGAUGGGACCACUUCAACCUGACCUACAAGGUGUGCUGGGACGAAGGGAGAACAUAAUCAGCAUAGCUAAAAAACAACCCGAGGGGAUAGAGAAUAUGCCCAGCUUUUCCCCAUUGCUACACUUGAGGCAGUCCCCUGCAUGCAGAUCUUCCUGUGGGCCAAGAAUCCUGUCGUUCCCGAGGAACCUGCUGAGCGCCCGGGACACGCGGCGGGGGCUGGCGGCCGCCUUCCGCAUGUGGAGCGACGUGUCCCCCUUCAGCUUCAGGGAGGUGCCCCGGCACGUCCCCAGCGACCUCAAAAUCGGCUUCUACUCCAUCAACCACACGGACUGCCUGGAGUCCCUCACCCACCACUGCUUCGACGGCACCACGGGGGAAUUGGCCCACGCCUUCUUCCCGCCCCACGGGGAGAUCCACUUCGACGACCACGAGUACUGGAUCCUGGGGAACACCAGGUUCAGCUGGAAGAAAGGUGUUUGGCUGACAGACCUGGUCCAUGUGGCAGCUCACGAAAUAGGCCACGCCUUGGGCCUGAUGCACUCCCUGAACCCCAACGCCCUCAUGCACAUCAACGCCACCCUGACUGGGAAAAAAACCAUCUCCCAGGAUGAGGUGUGGGGCAUCCACAGGCUCUAUGGCUGUAAAGACAGAUUAUUUAUGUGCCAGGCAUGGGCAAAAAAAGGCUUCUGUGAGAAGCGCAGGAAGCUGAUGAAGAAGCACUGCCCAUCCACCUGUGACUUCUGCUACGAAUUCCCAUUUCCAACGGUGCCCCCCACUCUGCCCCCGCCAAGGACCAAGACCAAGACGGUGUCUGAGGGCAGGAACGUCACCUUCCGCUGUGGGCAGAAGAUCAUCCACAAAAAAGGCAAAGUUUACUGGUACAAAGAUAAGGAGCUUCUGGAAUACUCCUAUCCAGGUUAUUUAUCCUUAAAUGACGAUCACAUGAGCAUCAUUGCAAAUGCAAUUAAUGAAGGGACUUACACUUGCAUAGUGAAGAAAAAAGAAAGGAUCCUGACUACUUAUUCCUGGAGAAUCCGACUGAAGCACUGACAAGGUCCUGGAAUGAGCUCCUGCAGUUCCUGCUAGUCCUGUUUCAAAUUGUUUCUCUGGCAUUUUAUAUUUAAUCUCCAGUAAGUGCCACUGAACUUCUCCAUCAGCUGCUUCCUCCCCCUUGGGCAAAAGAGACUCUUGAGACUGGAAUGUGAAACUCUUCCAAAUUGGUUUUAAUGACAUGGAAUUUAUUGAGUAUGUGCUGUACAGAGAAUUAAAAAACCUUUUUUUUAAUUUUUUUUAAAAAAAGAAAAGUGUCAGAUGGUGCAGUUGAAGUGUGUGGAUCCCCCUGAAGUGCUGGAAAACAGGAGCAGAACUGGAUCAGCCCCUGGGAUGGCUCAGCUGGGCUGCACUGGAGGCAGAGUGGGGAAGGAAAAAGCAGUUUGUGUUUCUGCCCUUGUUUUCGAUCCUGCUACUCUGCAAUAGAAUUUACAUACCAGUCUAAGCCCCACCAUCCCAGCAUUCCCAGGAAUCCCCCACCAGCUUUCCCAGGGUCUGGAUUUAUUACUCUUAUCCCGACAGGCACUGAGUGCUCAGAGCUUGGCCCUGAGCAGACCAGGUGAUGUCCAUCCCUGUCACCUCCAGGGAAUCUCCUGGAAUCAGGAAUGUUUCAGUGCACAGAGCAGGGACAGAGCUGUUUCUCCUGCAGGAGAACAGGGCUCUGCAUCCCUGCCCAAGGAAAACAACCCAGCUGCUUCCAAACCUCUCCCCAUCACCAGCACCCCCACUCCAGCUCCAAGGCCUUUACCCAGAAAAACCCUUCCAAAUGCACUGAAAGGGAUGGAAUGUUUAUGAUUUCCUUUAAUCCUCUUCCUGGCCUGGUGCCCAGUUCUGACUGCAGGAAGAUGUGGUGUUUUCCAAACCUCCCUUGUUAGAAAUCAGCAGCUCCCAGGGGUGUGAUAUUCCAAGACAAUCCUUCCUCUGCUCUUUCCUGAGAAAGGGCUGCACUGUGGCAUUCCACAAUCACUACACAGGCUCUUCUUUAGCUGGAAAAAGGGGCAUAUUAAAAAAAAAUGCUCCCUUUUUGAUUUAUAAAACAAUAGAGGAACUUCUUCUGCACCACUGGAAAUACAUGGACAGAACAAAGCAAAGUUUUCAGCUCAGCACUGCACCCCAAAAAUCUGCUCAGGGAGUAUCAAGCUCCCCCCAGGCUUCUUUUUUCUCAAAGGUAACAGGAAAGAAACCUCAUAACUGGUACUUUUUUUCUACCCCAAAAUAUAUU